UAUAUAAUACAUAUGUGUGUGUGACCAUAUAAAUAAAUAGCGUAACAGUAAAAGCAUAGUAAAUAAAGAAAAGGACACAACCAAGAAACUUCUAUGGCUCCGGCUACUCUCACUUCUCUUGUUGAAGAAAAAACACUUCAACAAAGCUUCAUUCGCGACGAAGAUGAGCGUCCCAAAACCGCCUACAAUCAAUUCAGCGACGAAAUUCCGGUCAUUUCUUUGGCCGGAAUUGAUGAUGUUGAGGGAGAAAAGAGAGGUGAAAUAUGCAAAAAGAUUGUAGAAGCAUGUGAAGAUUGGGGUAUUUUUCAAGUUGUUGAUCAUGGCGUUGAUGCUAACCUUAUUUCCAAUAUGAGUCGUCUUGCUAAAGAGUUUUUCGCUUUGUCGCCGGAGGAGAAACUCCGGUUCGACAUGUCCGGUGGAAAGAAAGGCGGUUUUAUUGUUUCUAGCCAUUUACAGGGCGAGGCAGUAAAAGAUUGGCGCGAAAUUGUGACAUACUUCUCGUAUCCACUCAGCAGCCGGGACUAUUCGCGGUGGCCGGACAAGCCGGAGGGAUGGAGGGCGGUGACGGAGGAGUAUAGUGAGAAGCUGAUGGGACUUGGUUGCAAGCUUCUUGAGGUGCUAUCAGAGGCAAUGGGGUUAGAAAAAGAUGCAUUGACAAAGGCAUGUGUGGAAAUGGACCAGAAAGUUGUGGUCAAUUUCUACCCAAAAUGUCCACAACCUGACCUUACUCUUGGGCUGAAGAGGCAUACUGAUCCUGGUACUAUCACCCUUUUGCUUCAAGACCAUGUUGGUGGACUUCAGGCUACUAGGGAUAAUGGCAAAACUUGGAUUACUGUUCAGCCUGUUGAAGGUGCCUUUGUUGUCAAUCUUGGAGACCAUGGCCAUUACCUAAGUAAUGGGAGGUUCAAGAAUGCAGAUCAUCAAGCAGUGGUGAACUCAAAUUCAAGCAGGCUAUCCAUAGCAACAUUUCAGAACCCAGCACCACAGGCUAUAGUUUAUCCUCUCAAGAUUGAGCAAGGAGCCAAGCCAAUUCUUGAUGAUCCAAUUACAUUUUCAGAGAUGUAUAGGAGAAAAAUGAGCAAGGAUCUGGAGCUAGCCAGGCUUAAAAAAUUGGCUAAGGAGCAGCACUUGAAAGACUUGGAGAAUGCCAAGUUGGAGACUAAGCCUGUUGAACAAAUCUUUGCUUAAAUAAUGCAUAUUAUGCUUAUGAUUGUAUUGGGAAUAAACUAUUUGGCUUAUGCAUUUGUGAUUGUAAUGUGGUACCAAUAUAUCGAAUGCAAUAAAGUACAUUAUCUCUAA